CUCGCGCACAACGCCCUUGCCCCGCCCCCGAUCUCCGCCUCCCAGUCCUCGCUGCUGCUGCUGCUCCAGCGCCGCGCGUCCCCGUCUCCCUCUCCCUCCCUCUCCCCCUCCGGUCACGCCUCAUCGCGGCCGUCGCGACCAAGGAGCCUGAGCUCGGCGGCGGUGGAUCGGGGGCCGGCGACGGUGCUGGAGGAGGUGGCGGUGGCAGCGGCAGCGACCCGAGGGGAGGAGGUCAGGAAGGGGCGGGGAGGCAGAGAAAAUGGGGCAUGAACUGUCCAUGUCGCAGAAACUCAGUCUCGCCUACGCCGCGCUCGUCGGAGCUGGUGGUGUAAUGGGAUAUAUGAAGAGUGGAAGCCAGAAAUCCUCAGCCCUGGUCCUGUACUUCGUCCACACUCAACUCCCUGUUAGACCUGUCUUUGCAUCGUCGAUUGGUUUAGGUAUAUCUGGCCGCGCUUCUGUCGGUGAUGGGGUCGCGCUUCAAGAAGUCCGGGAAGAUGUUCCCAGCUGGUGUCGUGUCCCAUGUAUCCCUGGUCAUGGUCGGAGGCUACUACCACGGCAUUUUUUUUUUCUGUUUCUUCAUGCAGUUUUGCUCGCCUUUGGUGUCUUUAAGGGACUGCUUCUUUUUUACUCCUCUGUGGAUGAUUUGUUGACUGUACCCACAGGUUAGUUCGUCUUCUGGGUAAUAACAGAUAGCAUUCGAGCUGAUUGAUAGCCGCGGGCAAUCGUAUGAUGCCACGACAGAAAACAUGGUGCGGCAUUCCAUUACAAGUGAACAACGAUCAAUCAAUGUAAC